AUGUCUACCGCCAUGAACUUGAGCGCUGCCCUCGCCCGCCGUGGCGCUGUCCGGUCGACCCGUUUCAUGUCCACCACCACGAAGGCUCCCGCUCGCAUCCCCAGCUCCAUCAUCCGCCAGAAUGCCACCGCCCAAGCCGCCCGCAACAGCCUGAUCCUCAACGGCGUGCGCACCAGUCUGGGCUCCACCGCCGGCUCCGGCCUGGUCCGCAACGCCAUGCAAUCCCGCGGCGUCGUCGCCGAGUCCGCCGCCGGUGCUAUACUCCUUGCGGGCAAGAUGCAGGGUGCUGGUCUUGCCACCGUCGGCCUUGCUGGUGCUGGCGUCGGUAUCGGCACAGUCUUCGGCUCCCUAAUCCAGGGCGUGGCUCGUAACCCGAGCAUGAGAGGCCAACUCUUCUCGUACGCCAUUCUUGGUUUCGCCUUUGCCGAAGCUACCGGUCUGUUCGCUCUCAUGGUGGCCUUCAUGCUGCUGUUCGCCUACUAG